CUCUUGAAGAACACCUGCUUUUCCAUCUCUUUAUCCUGACAGUUGAGGAAACAGCAGUCAGAACACGGAGCAGAACAUCGGUAUGACGUUUAAAAGCCCUUUGAGUGUUGCUGGAAUCAUACUUCUCAGCAUAGCAGGUUCUCUCUGCCAGUUAGAUGUAUGUGGUCGAGCCCCUCUCAGUAACAGGACUGUUGGAGGAGAGAAUGCGACUGCGGGGGCUUGGCCGUGGCAGGUCAGCAUUCAUGUCUCCUAUAUGGGCAUGGACACAGGCCAUUUCUGUGGCGGGACUCUCACCAAUAAAGACUGGGUGUUAUCUGCAGCACACUGCUUCCAGGAGUUCAAUGCAUCUUACUUUGUGAUGUACUUCGGUCGUCUGAACCAAUCCGGCUCAAACCUUUAUGAGACAAACAGGACAGCGAGUCAAAUCAUCAACCAUCCUAACUUUAACAUGUCUAAUUUUGACAAUGAUAUAGCACUGGUCCAGCUCUCCUCCUCUGUGACUUUCUCUGAUUACAUUAAGCCGGUCUGUCUGGCAGCGGCUGGGAGUGUGUUUGCUGGAGGGACAGAGAGCUGGGUCACUGGAUGGGGAACACUGCAAUCUAAUGGUAAGUGAACAUUUGCUUGCCAGUUAACUGAAUGCAGAUAUUACUGUAAACCUCAACAGUUUACCUUGAAAUAAAAACCAUACAAUGUGUCCUCUGAUCUGUGUAGCAGGCACCCAGCUUCCUGAC